GUUUGAGUGAUGUGUUGCUGCCGCUGCUGCUGCUGCUGCUGCGGGUACGGCUACGUUGAAGCUGGAGUUUGACUCAAACGGGGCAUCACAAUGUAUUAAGAAGACGUCACCAGCAGGAGAAAUUGGGAAUAUUAAGGGGGCAUCUUACAUGACAGUCUACAUAUGUAUUUCAUCCUCGAUGCUGAUCCAGGAGGUAUACAUCACAGCAUGCUAUUGUGAAGAGGAAACCUAUUAGGGCAGGAUGCAGUCUUCAAACCACCGACUGCGAGAUAUGGAGCAGCACCACCCGCUGCUGUCGGCAGGUGCAGAUGUCGAGACAGGGAGCCUGGCAGCCGGAGUGAUGGUUGGGAGUCCCCACGCGGGCCACACCGCAGGGAACCGCACACUGUGGUUCAUUCAGGACAGCUGUGGUAUGGUGUGUGCAACCAUGACCUGGUUCCUGGUGCUGUACGCUGAAUUCGUGGUGAACUUUGUCAUGCUGCUGCCCGCCAAGAGCUUCUGGUACUCGCUCCUAAAUGGGGCCACCUUCAACUCUCUGGCUGUGCUUGCAUUGGCCUCACAUCUUCGCACCAUGUUGACUGACCCGGGUGCAGUUCCUAAGGGCAAUGCAACCAAGGAGUACAUGGAGAGCUUGCAGCUGAAGCCUGGUGAGGUCAUCUACAAGUGCCCAAAGUGCUGCAGUAUCAAGCCAGAGAGGGCACACCACUGCAGUAUUUGUAAAAGAUGCAUCCGCAAGAUGGAUCACCACUGUCCCUGGGUCAAUAACUGUGUGGGAGAAAAGAAUCAGAGAUUCUUUGUUCUUUUCACUAUGUACAUAGCCUUGAUUUCUGCCCAUGCCCUGGGCCUCAGUGGAAUGCACUUUUUCACCUGUAUUAAAGUCCAGUGGAACGAGUGCAGCGACUUCUCUCCAGGGGUGUCUGUGCUACUCCUGAUCUUCCUCUGUCUCGAAGCCAUCCUCUUCCUCACUUUCACAGCCGUAAUGUUUGGUACGCAGAUCCACUCCAUCUGCAAUGACGAGACGGAGAUUGAACGUCUUAAAAACGAGAAGCCCACGUGGGAGCGUCGCAUGAGAUGGGACGGAAUGAAAGCUGUGUUUGGGGGUCCGCCCUCUCUGCUAUGGUGCAAUCCGUUCACAGGCCUGCGUCUGCGGCGCCUGUUGCUGUUGACCCACGGUCGCCGCAGCGGGUCUGAGUUUUCUGUCUGAGAGCAGGGCAGACUGAUGCAGCUCACCAACACUUGACCGUCUCUAAAGCAAGACUUCCUGUAUGCCCUCCUUGGCAGGGACAAAGGUGGACCUCUGCUCCCUGAGCCUGUCGUUCAGGUGUGGGUGACACGGGGACUGGCUGCCCCAGUGGGGACCCCAGUGCAUCAAUCAGCCACCACUGAAAGUUUGUAUUCUCACUCGUACAUGCUGAUGUAGACCCAACAUCUUUGGUCUGCACGAGUAUGCUGAAUAACUGGAAAUUUGUCUUUAACAUGAGCAGUUGUUUGGUUUGUUUGUGUUUUUAAGUAAAGCAUGCAGUAUGUAACUCAAGUGAGUCAUUUAUCCCUCGUGAGAAUCACCCAAGGUGCUGUUUGGACUCAACUAAUGCACCAUCAGUUCACGACUUCAGCAGUUUGUUUUCUCUGCUGCGCACAUGAGAUUCAAGAUUAGUGUUUGAAAUCUUUUUUUUUUUUUUUUUUGAGGGGAGAUGAGCAACAUAUCUUUCAUCAUCACUGGACCCAGACAAGUGAAUCUAAAUGGGGAAAUGCUUGAAACUGUUGUGCUGGAAACCAGACAAGGGAAUCACAGUGGAGGACAAGCACUGUUCACAUGGCUCUUGAGAAAAAGCCUGGAUAGGGAGCACAGUGGACAUCAGAAAUGGAACUGUGCUGCCUUGAUUUGCAUGUAUGACAGCUCAAUCAGUCGGCAUCUCAGCCAGAAAAUGAGGCUUUCACUAUCUUCAAAUGAAUGAACAGGCUACUGUGAACACAAGCCUCAUUCUUAUUCAAGAGGACUGAGUGGCUUUUCCUAUCUGUUCGUCUCUUUUGUUGUGAUUUUCUUGCCUUGGGCUGAAAUUGUUCAUUCUUUAGGUAACUCAAACCAGUAUAAAUUAAUUUGUCCUGUUUUUUUAAAAAAAAAAAAAAGAAAAAGAAAAAACUUUUAAUUUUCAUCACCCUGAC